CGCGCACCACACUGUAGACUUUUGAGGAUCCAAGUGAAGUAGUAGUAAGUAGUUACCUGUGAGUUUGGACAUAAUUGUCUCGCUCUCCAUGUGAUGUCGCUAAUUCAGCGACAGUUACUGUUUGGAGACAGCAAUGUUUCAUAGGAAGCCAGCUCAAGACGCGACGAAGGCGUCGGUCGACAAGUUCCGCAACCCGCAGAAUACAUUACCCAAGAGGCUCAAACAUCUAGCUAUAGCGAUAAAAGGAAAUUUGGAAAAGCAGAAUGACCAAGCGACCAAAGAAUUCUUCUCGCAGAAUUAUUACCAGGUUUUUCAAGUGUUCCACGACGCCUUCACAGCGGAGACCACGGGCAAGGGAGGAAAAGUUGGACAUCCGAGAGGUGGACGUGAGGAACUCUUUGAAGUAAUCCUCCCUAUUCUUGAGACUAUUCUGGUGUUCACGCCCGAGCUGCUCUUUCAGAAGUGGCAGUGCAACAGCAUCGGAACAAUUUUGUGCAAACUGUUGCAUCCGCAAAACCAGCUACGGAUUCGCAAGCUCGGCUUGCAGUUUCUGCUUCUGUGGCUGCAAAGUCUGCGCGACAACAUCACACCGUUUGCCGAGAACCUGUUGGCCACGGCGGUUCCUGAGUUCCCUCCCAAGUCGUCCAAGCCCGACGAGGAUGCUUCAGCAGAUAGGAGUGCAGUGUCUUGGGUCAACGGCCCGGAGUACAAUGUACCCAUACUGCCGAUCAACGCCGACGGGCCGCGGCCGAUUGAAGACCCGACCAUGGAGAUGAUGGAGUGUCUACUGGAGUGCUUGACCUCUCAGGUGCACCGGUUGGUUUGGGACGGCAGCAAAAAGCAGUGCGGCUUCGAUGUUCUCUUCCACCUGUUCAAGAAGCACUACCUGUUCGUGCUGUUUCCCAGCGCGCAGAAGCACCGCGGGCCAUACACGGAGCGUAUCGUAUUCGACACCGAGGCGUCAUCACUGAACUUUGAGUUUGACGUCUCGGGGCCCGUGUACGAUCGUGUUCGUGAGAGAAUCAUCAACUGGCUGGUUCAGUGGAUUUCGCCAAAUCGAGCAAGCCUCAGCAUUGGCGUUCCCACCAUUGCUUCGACGCAGAGCUCGACUUCGCUGGCCUCCACGUCAGCCAGUAACAUCUCCGAGUCCGGAAAGGAGCAGUCAUCAUGGUGGGUGACGAAAGAGCACGAGGAUCAAGUCCAGAAUGACAUUGCCAUGCUCUGCAGCACGGUGUACGGUUCACAGGAGAAUGUCAUUCUGCUUCACGAGAUGCUGCGCAAGACAUUCCGGCUGCCAUUCAUCUACCUGUCGACAAUGGAGAUGGUCAUCUUGCUGAUUCAGGACUGGCUGGCGUUGGAUGUCAGUAAGCGUCCGGAGUUCAUGCAAGAGCGUGUGCGGCCCACCCACAUGCUUGUGAAGCGUCACAGCGAACCACAGCUGUUCAGCCCGCCCGGAGAGGAGACAGCGACGAUGUCACCACCUACGUCACCCACAUCGCCCAUGUCACCCACGGAGCCCAAGGCGAUGAGCAGACGUCGCUUCACAACUUACGCGCACAAGGGCGAGCACCCGGUGUCAUCCGAUGUGCGUGUUGGCCUUCAGGCGAAUCUGCGCCUGUUCAUCACCGAGGCUGCUAUCGUCUUCCUGGCUGAGCCAGAGCAUCAGACCCUUCAUGAACAGGUCGAGGCGUGUGGCCAAGUCAUAAGGCUGUAUCAGACGGUGGCAAUGAAGUCACUCAUGGACCGAGAUACCUGGGCACAUCUGCUGUCCACCUUGCUGCAAAUCACCAAGCACGUACUUGGCACGUCCAAACCACCGUCCGUGGAGAGCAACACAAUGCCCCAGCAGCUGGCCAUGCGUGUCGGCAGUGACCUGGUCAAGACCGUGUUCGUGCUGUGGAUGAACGCCAGCUUGUCGGUGAGCGUUGCCACAUCGCUCUGGGACGACGUACUGCGUCUGCUCACCUCUCUGACCCACUGGCCAGCCGUGGUAGAGCAAUGGAAGCAUAUCAUGAAAAUGAUGACACGCCUUCUUGGCCAGUAUGUCUAUGGCAUCUGCUUGUCGCAGAGCAGCAAGGCGCACACACGGGCGAAUCGGCCAGGUAGGCGACCCGGCACCGGAAACAGCCCGCUUGACGGCACUCCCGGUGGCGGCGCAACGGCGACAAAGUCUGGGAGAGGUGGCAGUGGUGGUGGCGGCGGUGGUGGUGGUGGUGGUACCCGCACUGGAUCCGGUCCUCACCCUCGUGUCUUGGGUCACACUCGCGACCACUCCAUCAGCUCCAGCCUGGAGCAGUUCAAAGGCGAUCCGAUCGUGGCAAAGCCCGCCACCGCCAGUAUGCCGGCCUUGGAGGAGGCCUCUGAGAGUGGCGGUGGUGGUGGUGGUGGUGGAGACAUUCGCUCACACACCGGCAGCCUGACGCCAUCCACCACGACCACUGCCAGCUUACGCGCCGCCCGUGCCAAUGCGCGCCGCCUGCACGGCUCCGAGCCGGACGCUCUCAAGGGCGGCGACAACAUGCCCAAGCUGAUCGGCGGCAUGAAAGCACCGUCAGUGGAUCUCUCGUCGCCACUACGCGAUGGAGACAGCCUGAACAAGGUGCCGAUUGACGACGACCUGGAUGAGGAGCCGGAAGGAAUGGAGCACGUCGAGAGCGCUGUCAGUGUCCAGGAAUAUAGCAUUGACGAUAGUCCAGAUAAGGACAAGGACCGGAUAACCAUUGGCAGUAGCAGUGAGGAUGGCUUGUCGACGUCGUGUGGUAGCGGCAGUGAGAUUGGCGAUAGCGACAGCACAACCGACAAGAUCCACCACCAGUACUCGUCCUCGGCCGAAGACGCGCAGUUUGGCAUGGCCGAAAAGCUGCUGCAAGAAGGUGACGACAAGUCCCCAAUGGAUGAGUCGCCGACCUCUGAGGAAGGCAACGCGACGGAAUCCGGAUCGGCAACACCAGUCGUCAAGGAUAGCGACUUUGAUGAUGACCUCCCGCCUGUACGUCGUGGACGUGCCAACACCAUGAACAGUCUGGAGGCCAAGCAAUUAUUUUCUGGUGGCAGCACCUCCACAACCGGUCCGAUCGAUGAGGAUGAGGAAAGCAGGCACUUAGAAGUGCUUGCCGGUGGCUCAAGGCGAGGUUGGACGCCUGCAUCAGCUGCUGUACUAUGGCGGCGCUCUCUGGGCAUUCUUGGAGAUCCGAAUCGCAUCCCGGACCCCAUGCUGCAUGCCAAGGCGAUCAGCUCUCUUGCGGAAUUCUGGGAGGAUCUGUUACGCAUCCGUAACCGGGAUGGGGAGCCAGUGGAAAGCGAGGCGCUCCGUGAAGAGACCGCCAACUACGAACCUCCACUGUUGGUGUUUGCUUCUUGGGUGUUUGAGGCCUGUGUGCUCGGGCCUAAGUUCAAGGAGGGACAGCUGCGCGCGUAUCAGCUGCUCUGCCGCAUGCUGCUAGAGCGUUACGAUCGACCGCUGCCCGUCGACUUCUUGUCGCAUGCGUACCGACUUCUGCACACGGCUCUCAAGUCACAGGACAAGGAUCUCAUGGACUGUGUAAUCUGGAAUGCCUCCACCAUCUUUGCUGUCGAUCUGCCGGGAGUCACUGUCCUCAUGCUGGACUUCCUGACAGCGGCGGAGAAAAUCCUGACCAGCAAUGAUUCGGCACAGCGCUCCCGCGUUUCCGUUAACUUGAAGAGUGUAAAGGCAAGACCACGGCGAGAAGCAUUGACGGUGCUUGGUUCCUUACUGCACUACGCGUACGCCUUCCCGCAGAUGACUGUUCAGCCGAUGGAGUGCACGGAAGAGGUGCCCACUCUUGAAGGCUUGAAGGACAAGCUUAUGCAGAUGUUGCUACACACUACGAAGAAGGAGCCCUUCAGGCAGUCAAGAUGCCUAGCAUUGUCAAUGCUGGGGCUGUUUGUGUACAGCGAGUAUCUACAUGUCAGUCGACAUCGCUUGCUGAUCAUUGAGUGCAUCAACGUCUUACUCCUGUCCAUUCGGUUUCCAGACCACUCCAUUGCGUCCACGGCACUGGACACUAUUCUCCUGUUGACGGACGUGAAGCAGAUGAUGCCCGAGCAGUUGCCUCUGAAAAUUGUUGAAAUUCUCUGUACCACAAUCCCAGUCAUCAUCAACGAGAAGAGCAUGAACGAAGCCGACGCCCAGAAGAUCUGCAUCCGUAUUCUGUUCUGCCUGCUGGACUGGGUGAUGACCAUCCCGACGGAAAAACUGAAUACGUUCAAAUUUGAGGGUUUGCCGGACGUCUCACUCAUGCAGAGUGUGUUCCUGGUUCUGGGAAACUUGGUGCAAGGGGAGCCGGCACCACGGCGUACGGAGAGCGGCGGCUCGCAGAGCAAGCUGUCCGUCAACUCGGAGCAACAGAACAGCAACAACAGCCUGAGAGAAGCCGCGGACGGCAAGCCCGGCUCCAGUGUCAAUGUUGCGAAGCUGAGCAUCACAGAGGCAGUUGCCCCAGCUGUGAAAGUGGCUGCUUCUACGGUCAUCUCUCACCUGGCUAACAUGCUUGGCCACUUCCCGUUCAGCGGCGGCGCCGCCAGCUUCGGCUCGUCCGUACUGGAGUCGCACGACGUCACCGACUCUCCGGACCUGAACAAGGAGCUGUUUGAGUCGCCGUGCGUCCAGUUCUUCUCCCUCGGUAACACGUCCCUGCUGUCGCUCAUCGAGCUACCGGCGGCGACGGAGACGCAGCACUCCGACGGCGGCGGGAAGGUGGUGCAGGGCUCGACGGUGGCGCGCGUGAUUGUGCGCGACGUGGCCGGCAAGUGGUGCUGGGACUCGUCGUAUCUGCACGGUCCGGUGCCGCCGCACGACGCGCCUAUUCCCGGUGUAUCCAAGACCGGGCUUCGUGAAGCAGAUGAUAGCCGGUCUACAGAUCGUGGCCAGUCGCUAUCUCAGCUGUCGCACCAGCAAGCUAUGUCCGUAAGGGACAGCCUCAUUCCAGGCAGCAUAGCUGCCCGAACGGUGGCUGCGAUCAAUGGCCUCGACGGAAAGGACAACCUGGCUGUCAUCGCUGAUCUGCCCAGCAGUGACUCCUUCUCAGCAGUGGAUGGUGAUGUUCUGGAGGAGCUGCUUCACUACAUCACAACGUCUAGUCCGGAAGUGCGCGCCUCCGACGACCGCCCGCUGGACUUUCCCGUGCAGGCCGACCAGAUGUACGGCGACACGGUCGAGGAGUACAUGGUGGACGUCAUCGAGACGGAGCACUCGUCCGAGCAGACGUACCUCACUACCACAGUGCAUGGGAUGGACGCAUCGCCCAUUGAACCAUGUGAGAUGAUGCCUACCCCUGCACCUUUCCAGACCUGCAGAUGCCUGCUCACGCAGCUGGGAUUCUUGAACCUGGACAGUGAAAAGAGGCGCCAGUUCAAUCUACUUCAGAAAACCGACCAGCUGCUGAGAGAGCUCCGGAACCUGGAUUCACGGCACUGUCGUGAAACUCACAAGAUUGGCAUAGUGUACGUUCAUCACGGGCAACAGGACAAGGAAUCCAUCCUGUCCAACACCGCCGGCAGUGCCGCGUUUGAAACGUUCCUGGCCGCAAUGACCUGGGAGGUCGACCUUCAACAGCAUCCCGGUUUCAAGGGUGGUCUUAAGCCGGGCACGACCCGGACCACUGCACCAUACUACUGUAGCAGUACGGCCGAGGUCCUGUUCCAUGUCGCUACCCGCAUGGAGAACUCAGACGAACGGGGACAGCUCACCAAGUUGCGACACAUCGGCAAUGAUGAGAUUCUCAUUGUGUGGAGUGAGCACAGCCGAGACUGGCGCCGCGACAUCAUCCGCACCGACUUUGGUCUUGUCAUGAUCGUCAUCUAUCCAAUGCAGAACUGCCUGUAUCGCGUGCAGAUCCUCAAGAAAGAGUCUAGCCGUGACGGAAAGUCUUUUCCUUUCUUUGGUCCUUUGUUUGACGGCGCGGUUGUGGACAAGUGUACGCUGCCCGGACUGGUGCGUGCCACAGCGAUCAACGCAAGCCGUGCUCGCCGCUCUGAGCUAGCUUACUACCAGGCUUACUACGAAGAACGCAACAAGUACAUCCAGUCGACGACGAAGAGCUGUCGCCUGGAGACCACGCUGGAGGAGUUCACCUCGCUAGUCGUACGGCCCGGUUCCCCGCCGGCGUUGGCCAACACGGCGGGCAAGACGGAUCGUCAUCCAUCCGGCGUGACGCCGAGUGGUAGCCGUGAUGGACUACGCUUUACCAGCCCCACGCCGAAGGACGAGCUGACGAUACCGAUUGCCGACGAGGCCAGCCUGUCGCCAGGAUUGAAUCUGCCGUCGGCUGAUGCACGAAGCCGUGGCAGUACCUCUCAAUUCUCCUUUCUGGAGGGAUCCGCGACAUCCGCCACACUGGUCGCCAGCGCAUCUCUCGGCGACGAUGUACUCACGCCCAGUGGGAUUUGCUCGUCGCCGCCUGAAGAAGGUACUCUGUAGCGCCAGACACCCGCACACGUACACCGCCAGCAUCACCAUUGGCAACGCUGCACUCCGGGUGGGUUGCUAGGCUUUCCCGCUUGACUCUCUGUGUGUGUACUGCGUGUGUGCACUUGUGCGUGCAUGCGUGCGUGCAUGUGCUGGUGGUGGCAGUGGACGUGUUGCUGGCAGCUUUGCUCCGAAUGCCGUUGCCUCCGUCUUUCAGUAAGAGCUCGUACGGGUCUCCUUGAGCUGCGGGGAGCCAACUACUGACGUUCUGGCAGCCAGUCCGCAGCUCGCACUUGGACUGGAACUAGUUCUUGUUUUUCUCGUAGGCAGAAGGUUGAAACAGUUCUCUUUGAUAAUCUUCUGCACAACUUGUUGAGCUCACUGCUGCUCAGAUCCGAUCAGGAGCAUGCCUUUGGGCAGCUCCAUCACUGGCCUCAUCCUCGUCAUGACACACGCAUCCACUGUCGUCGCUGUGUGUGUAGGAAUACUGUGCUGCAAAGCUACCUGUAAGUGUUGUGACGAGUGACUUGCCCUCAGCUCGCUGCUUGUUGUCGGCAGACUGGUGGCACUUGUUGGUCCUGUCGCCGCGCUGAGUGGCAUUCUAGUGUCUUGUACCAUUAUAAUACCCUUGACUUUGUUCACCGUGUCCAGUUACUAACGUUAGCUGCUGUUCUUGAGGUUCUCCAGUUUCGUGGAUUUUCGUCUAUCUUUUAUUUUUAUUUUACCCGUAUUUGCACCGUUUUUGGAUGAGAAUUGAACCUGUAUGUGUCAGUGGAGAUGAACAGAUCUGCCCGGUUAUGAUCAGAUUAUCCUCUAUACCCUUGCCAAGUCCUCGUUUAGUCUUGCUUGAGCACCAAUUGAGAACAUCUAGCAGUAUGAAGUGAUCUUUUUAUUUCUUUAUUUUUUUAUUGUUAAAAAAAGUGUCAUGCUUGA